UCUUUUUACUCCGGCAGAGACACUGUACACCCACCGAGAGAGCUUCACCAUGGCCUCAGCACUGAACUGCACACCCUUUGUGCUGUGUUUUAUUUAUUGUUCGUUACUGUUCACCAGUGUGUUUUGUGACGCCGAUGCAGAAGAAGAUGAACAUGCCAAACACACGUACACGGUGGAGAUGUUCAACGAGGCGGUGCCCACUGCACCCCACUUUGUCAUGUUUUACGCUCCAUGGUGCGGCCAUUGCCAGAGGUUACAGUCGACAUGGAACGAACUGGCAGACAAAUACAACAGCAUGGACGAUCCCCCAGUGUACGUGGUAAAAGUAGACUGCGUCCCAGACACCAAGUUCUGCUCCAAUGUCCAUGGGGUUAGGGGCUACCCAACACUGAAGUUGUUUAAGCCAGACCAGGAGGCAGUCAAGUACCAGGGGCCCAGAGAUGUGAAGUCUCUGGAGAACUGGAUGUUGAAGACAAUCCAGGAGGAGCCUUCGGAACCAGAGACUGAACAGGAGCCCCCUAAAGCCCCGGAGCCCAAACAGGGCAUGUAUGAUCUGACUGCUCUCAACUUUAAGGCCCACAUAGCCAAAGGUGCCCAUUUUGUUAAAUUCUUCGCCCCAUGGUGCGGUCACUGCAAAGCUAUGGCUCCAACCUGGGAGCAGCUGGCCACCACCUUCGAGCACUCUGAUGAUGUCAAGAUAGGAAAGGUGGACUGUACACAGCACUAUGAGGCAUGCUCUGACAACGGCGUACGUGGAUAUCCCACACUGCUCUUCUUCAACAAUGGACAGAAGACGGAUCAGUACAAAGGAAAAAGAGACCUGGACUCCUUCAAAGACUUUGUGGACAACCAACUGAAGGCUGCCAUCGCUCGGGAGCAAGAACCGGAACCAAGUGAGGACCAAAAGGCAAACGAGAUCCCCACUGAUGAGCCGGCCGCAGAGGAAGUAAAGUCCGGUGUUUUGGACCUCACAGAGACCAACUUUGACGAGGCAGUGGCAAAGGGCUUCACCUUCAUCAAAUUCUACGCUCCAUGGUGUGGCCACUGUAAGAACCUUGCUCCGACAUGGGAGGAUCUUUCCAAGAAAGAGUUUUCUGGACUCACUGACGUCAAGAUAGCCAAUGUGGACUGCACUGUUGAGCGCACACUGUGCAACAAGUACUCUGUUCAAGGCUACCCCACCUUGAUCAUCUUCAGGGCGGGGGAGCAGGGUGACGAGCAUAAUGGCGGACGGGACCUUGAGAGCCUGCACAGCUUUGUGAUGAGGCAGGCAAGAGACGAGCUGUAGAAAGACU